CAUAACCUGCUCACUCAUCUCUCUCUCUCUCUCUAUCUAUCUAGAUUUGAGUUUUAUUAAGGAAUGGCAGGUUCAUCAGUGAAGGUUAUCGGAGCACGGCCAAGCCCCUACGUGAACCGGGUUCAAAUCGCCCUCAAACUCAAGUCAAUUGACUAUGAAUUUCUUCAGGAGACAUUCGGAUCAAAGAGUGAGCUGCUUCUCAAAUCAAACCCUGUUCACAAGAAAAUCCCAGUGUUGAUUCACGACGAUAAGCCCAUCAGCGAGUCCCUAAUCAUAGUACAGUACAUCGACGAGCAGUGGACAUCCGGCCCCUCCAUCCUCCCCGCCGACGCUUAUGAUCGGGCCAUCGCCCGUUUCUGGGCUGCCUAUCUCGACGACAAGUGGUUCCCUGCUUUGAGAGAUUACCGCUCGGCGAAAGAUGAUGAAGAAAAAUCGGCUGUACUGGACAAGGUGAAGGAAGGUUUAGCCUAUUUGGAAGAAGCUUUUGUGAAAGGGGGGGCUAAAUUCUUUGGAGGUGAGAAUAUUGGGUAUCUGGACAUUGCUUUUGGAAGCUUUUUGGGCUGGUUGAAAGCGGCGGAGAAGAUAACAGAUGUGAAGUUGCUCGAUGCAUCCACCACUCCCAGUCUUGCCGUCUGGGCUGAGAACUUCCUUUCCCAUGACUCUGUAAAGGGUGUCAUCCCCGAGACUGAGGAGCUCGUCGAGUUGGCCAAGAAGUUUGCAGCCAUCGCUAAAGCCGCCCAACCUAAAAACUAGUCCCAGUUUUCUAAAUAUGUUUUCAUUAUUAGUUCAAUAAUCCAUGUUGUAGUAAUCUUCGUCCAAACAUGUUGUUGUUCUCCUCCUAUCUAUAUAUUAUUAAUGGUCUA